AUGGACCUGGUCACGGGUGCGUUGGGCAUUCUCCCCUCCAAACUGCUGGAUCUCCUGAAGGAGGAGUACAAGCUGCAGCAGAGCGUCAGGGUGCAAGUCCAGUCCCUCUCCCGGGAGCUCGAGAGCAUGCACGCCGCCCUCCGCAAGGUGGCGGCAGUGCCAUGGGACCAGCUUGACGAACAAGACAAGGUCUGGGCACGAGACGUCAGGGAGGCAUCCUACGACAUGGAGGAUAUCCUCGACACCUUUCUCAUUCAAGUUGACGGCCGCCCUCACCUUCAGCCAGCAGAUAGAAACUUGGUCAAACGCCUCACGGAGAAAAUUGGCCAGCUGAUGUUCAGCUUAAGCAAGGUCAAGGCUCGCCACGACAUCGCUGGCGCAAUCGAGGAAAUCAAAAAGCAACUCCAGGAGGUGGCCGAGCGUCGUGCGAGGUACAGGGUCGAUGAUGUCCUGGCCAAGCCUGCUGCUGCAACAAGUAUUGAUCCUCGUUUGUCGGCUCUGUUCACAAAAAGGUCACAGCUCGUUGGCAUGAAUAUGCCAAAGUCUACGCUCAUCAAUAUGUUAUCUGUAAGCGACGAUGACAUGUCCAACAAGAAGAUGAAGAUAGUAUGUGUUGUUGGUUUUGGAGGGCUGGGCAAGACCACUCUGGCCAAGCGAGUGUUUGACGAGUUUAAAGCCAACUUCUGUUGUGCAGCAUUUGUUUCAGUGGGGCGAAUCCCCGACCUGAAGAAAGUCUUCAGAGACAUUCUGAUUAAUUUGGGGCACACUGAUUCUGAUAUGAUGAUAUUGGACGAAACGCAGCUCAUCAAUUCGGUCCGUGGAUUCCUCGAGAGCAAAAGGUACUUCAUUGUCAUCGAUGACAUAUGGGAUGAACCUUCAUGGAACACAAUAAGAUAUGCUCUGGAUGACAAUAACUUGGGAAGUAAAAUCAUCAUUACUACCCGUAUCCAUGCUGUUGCUGAGAAAGUUGGUUGUUCUUAUAAAAUGCAACCUCUUUCUUAUGAGAGCUCUAAACAAUUGUUCUAUGAAAGGAUAUUUGGCUUUGGGAGCAAGUGUCCUGACCGAUUUUCUGAAAUUUCAGAAAAAAUAUUAAGGAAAUGUGGAGGUGUGCCAUUAGCUAUCAUUACCACAUCUAGUUUAUUGGCUAAUAAGCUGAGAAAUAUAAAAGUGUGGUCCGAGUUGUGUGACUCUAUUGGUUCUGGAUUUGAAAGCAAUCAAGAUAUGGACAAUAUGAGAAAGAUAUUAUCUCUUAGCUAUAUUGAUCUACCUUGCCAUUUGAAGACCUGUGUUUUAUAUCUAAGUAUAUUUCCAGAGGAUUUUGAUAUUAGGAAGGACCGGUUGAUAUGGAGGUGGAUAGCUGAAGGUUUUGUGCUGUAUGGAGAAGGGAACCAAAGCUUGUUUGAGGUUGGAGAGAGUUACUUCAAUGAGCUUCUAAAUCGAAGCCUGAUCGAGCCAAUAUACAUGUUGUAUGGUGGGGAUGGUAAUCCUGUUGCUUGUCGUGUGCAUGAUGUGGUCCUUGAUCUUAUUUGUUUCUUGUCAAGAGAAGAACAUUUUGUCACCACUUUAAGAGGUGAUAGCAUGCAAAACUCAGCUUCUUUGCGAAGUAAAGUUCGCAGGUUAUCCUUCCACAGUACUACUUGGCCUAAAAUGAACAUGUCAAAAUUGAGGUCCCUUACAAUCUUCAGUCCAGGUACGAUAAAUUCAGUGCCAUCCCUUUCAAGUUAUCAUCUUCUGCGUGUAUUGGAUCUGGAAAAGUGCAAUCUUAGGGACCAUCCAUGUCUACGGUUUGUCAGCAAAUUAUUUCACCUGAGGUAUUUAAGUCUGUCAAAAACUAGAUAUCCUGGUGUGCUUCCAGUAGAGAUAGGGAAGUUACAGUUUUUGCAGACAUUAAAUGUAUUUGGAACUGAUAUACCAGAACUGCCAUCAAGUAUUGUUGGGCUAAGAAAACUGAUGUGCCUAUAUGUUGAUGAGAGUACCUGGCUGCCAGAAGGGUUCAGUAACCUAACGUCCCUGGAAGUUCUAGGGUCUGCGUAUGUGGAUUCUGGAAGCAUUGCAGAAGAGCUAGGUCAUCUGACCCAGCUAAGGGAACUCUGGGUCUACCUUGCAGGGGCUGAGGAUGGUGGAACGGAUGAGAACCUGGGUAAAGUUUUGGUGGAGUCGCUAGGCAAGCUGCACAGAAUCCAAUACCUACAAAUCAAGUCCGAAGAGAUCAUUGAGCUCGAAGCAGGCUCAGUGGAGUUGUCCCUAGGAAACCUGCGACAUCUUUAUGUUUCUAGAACCACUUCGUUGCCGAAAUGGAUUAAUCCUUUAUCGCUUCUCCUCCUCUCUUGGUUGUACAUAAAGGUGGGUCAACUGCGACAGGAGGACAUCCAUGCCCUCGGGACGCUGCCAGCUCUUCGUAUCCUCAUGGUGAAAGGGACUGGAGGAAUUCAAGUCGUGGAAAGGUUCAUGGUCAGUGCUGAUGCCUUCCCAUGUGUGAUAAACUGCGAGUUCUCUGAUUUCGCAUCAGUACUACCAUCAAUUUUCCCACGUGGAGCGUUGCCCAGGCUUGAAAAUUUUGAGUUUUGUAUCCAACUGGAGGAUUUCUGCAACGGUGAAAUUAUCGUUGAGGACUUGGGCAUUGGCCACCUACCAUCCCUUCAGGGUAUCACCGUUUGCUUUCAUGGACAAGGCGGCUAUGAUGUUGCGAGGAAAGUGGAAGAGGUUCUGUACUUCAUUGUCAUCGAUGACAUAUGGGAUGAACCUUCAUGGAACACAAUAAGAUAUGCUCUGGAUGACAAUAACUUGGGAAGUAAAAUCAUCAUUACUACCCGUAUCCAUGCUGUUGCUGAGAAAGUUGGUUGUUCUUAUCAAAUGCAACCUCUUUCUUAUGAGAGCUCUAAACAAUUGUUCUAUGAAAGGAUAUUUGGCUUUGGGAGCAAGUGUCCUGACCGAUUUUCUGAAAUUUCAGAAAAAAUAUUAAGGAAAUGUGGAGGUGUGCCAUUAGCUAUCAUUACCACAUCUAGUUUAUUGGCUAAUAAGCUGAGAAAUAUAAAAGUGUGGUCCGAGUUGUGUGACUCUAUUGGUUCUGGAUUUGAAAGCAAUCAAGAUAUGGACAAUAUGAGAAAGAUAUUAUCUCUUAGCUAUAUUGAUCUACCUUGCCAUUUGAAGACCUGUGUUUUAUAUCUAAGUAUAUUUCCAGAGGAUUUUGAUAUUAGGAAGGACCGGUUGAUAUGGAGGUGGAUAGCUGAAGGUUUUGUGCUGUAUGGAGAAGGGAACCAAAGCUUGUUUGAGGUUGGAGAGAGUUACUUCAAUGAGCUUCUAAAUCGAAGCCUGAUCGAGCCAACAUACAUGUUGUAUGGUGGGGAUGGUAAUCCUGUUGCUUGUCGUGUGCAUGAUGUGGUCCUUGAUCUUAUUUGUUUCUUGUCAAGAGAAGAACAUUUUGUCACCACUUUAAGAGGUGAUAGCAUGCAAAACUCAGCUUCUUUGCGAAGUAAAGUUCGCAGGUUAUCCUUCCACAGUACUACUUGGCCUAAAAUGAACAUGUCAAAAUUGAGGUCCCUUACAAUCUUCAGUCCAGGUACGAUAAAUUCAGUGCCAUCCCUUUCAAGUUAUCAUCUUCUGCGUGUAUUGGAUCUGGAAAAGUGCAAUCUUAGGGACCAUCCAUGUCUACGGUUUGUCAGCAAAUUAUUUCACCUGAGGUAUUUAAGUCUGUCAAAAACUAGAUAUCCUGGUGUGCUUCCAGUAGAGAUAGGGAAGUUACAGUUUUUGCAGACAUUAAAUGUAUUUGGAACUGAUAUACCAGAACUGCCAUCAAGUAUUGUUGGACUAAGAAAACUGAUGUGCCUAUAUGUUGAUGAGAGUACCUGGCUGCCAGAAGGGUUCAGUAACCUAACGUCCCUGGAAGUUCUAGGGUCUGCGUAUGUGGAUUCUGGAAGCAUUGCAGAAGAGCUAGGUCAUCUGACCCAGCUAAGGGAACUCUGGGUCUACCUUGCAGGGGCUGAGGAUGGUGGAACGGAUGAGAACCUGGGUAAAGUUUUGGUGGAGUCGCUAGGCAAGCUGCACAGAAUCCAAUACCUACAAAUCAAGUCCGAAGAGAUCAUUGAGCUCGAAGCAGGCUCAGUGGAGUUGUCCCUAGGAAACCUGCGAUAUCUUUAUGUUUCUAGAACCACUUCGUUGCCGAAAUGGAUUAAUCCUUUGUCGCUUCUCCUCCUCUCUUGGUUGUACAUAAAGGUGGGUCAACUGCGACAGGAGGACAUCCAUGCCCUCGGGACGCUGCCAGCUCUUCGUAUCCUCAUGGUGAAAGGGACUGGAGGAAUUCAAGUCGUGGAAAGGUUCAUGGUCAGUGCUGAUGCCUUCCCAUGUGUGAUAAACUGCGAGUUCUCUGAUUUCGCAUCAGUACUACCAUCAAUUUUCCCACGUGGAGCGUUGCCCAGGCUUGAAAAUUUUGAGUUUUGUAUCCAACUGGAGGAUUUCUGCAACGGUGAAAUUAUCGUUGAGGACUUGGGCAUUGGCCACCUACCAUCCCUUCAGGGUAUCACCGUUUGCUUUCAUGGACAAGGCGGCUAUGAUGUUGCGAGGAAAGUGGAAGAGGUUCUGUGCCACCAGGCGCAUGUCCAUCCCAACCAUCCCUCCGUUGGUUUCAGUUAUUGUGAUCUUGUCUCCAUAGGAAAUGAAGAAGAUGAUGAUAUGGAGGAAACCUUAUCGGAUGAGGGUGCUGGCUUGUCUCUUGAAUGGAUUCGGUUAUAA